AUGUCCAUGACACGCACAAACAUGCAUGGACCUUUUGAUGGCCGGUCCCAUCAACCGCUGCUCGACGAGGAGCAGCAAGGGCGGAUGUCGACUGGUGGAUUUGGGUAUGGUGACGCAGAAGGCAGGCCUAUGCUUCACCACUCGCGACGGUCUACGAUGCGAAGUAAAAGUCCGGACGCUCUUGCGAAACAUCAGACUCGCCAAAAGUACUUCAUAGCUUCGGGGUUUUUGCUGUUAAGCUUGGCGAGUUUUGUGGUUCAGACGGAGACGGCUGUAUACAUCCAACAUGAUCUUGGGUGGGACAAACCGUACUGCAUGCUAUAUUUUACCCACGGUUCCUGGUUCCUUCUUUGGCCGAUACAACUCUUGUUAUUGCGUAUACAGAAGCGGAAGCUAUCUUGGGAAGCGUUCUGGCGUCGACAUGUCUAUAUGCUUCGGACAACUGGUCAAAUGGUGGAAUCCCAGAAUCUACAUCUCACUCCGGACAACGGCCGGUCACCGAUACCUUACCUUCUCAAGACGACGGCAUUCGUGACCAGUGCACUCACUGUAGCCGGUGGGUCUUGGUAUGUUGCUGUCAAUCAGACAACGCCCAGUGAUUUGACGGCGAUCUACAACUGCUCUGCCUUCUUCGCAUACGCGUUCUCAAUCCCACUCCUCAAAGAGAAACUCCGGUUUGAUAAGGUCUUUUCAGUGGGUGUGGCCAUCGUGGGGGUUCUAGUUGUUGCAUAUGGAGAUAGAGACGAUGGAAAUAAAGGGGAGAAACACGAGGGAGGAUCUAGGCUACUGGGAAACUUGAUUAUCGGUAUCGGCAGUGUCCUAUAUGGCCUAUACGAAGUGCUGUAUAAAAGGUUCGCCUGCCCUCCGGAAGGAACCAGCGCGGGCCGAAGCAUGAUCUUCGCCAACACCUUUGGGAGCCUCAUCGGAUCCUUUACCCUACUUGUCCUUUGGAUUCCAUUGCCCGUCUUUCACUUUCUAGGCCUGGAGACAUUCCGGUGGCCGACCGGUGAGGCCGCAUGGAUGCUCAUGAUAUCCGUUGCUGCCAAUGCUACAUUCUCCGGGUCCUUCUUAGUCCUCAUCUCCCUUACCUCACCUGUCCUUUCAUCCGUGGCCUCUCUCCUGACCAUUUUUCUCGUCGCCAUCGUCGACUGGUUUCGAACUGGCCAACCUCUCUCCAUGGCAUCCAUUAUCGGUGGUGUUUUGAUUAUGAUCGCAUUCUUCCUCUUGAGUUGGAGUACCUACCGGGAGAUGAACGAAGAGCGCAAAAAGAAAAUUCAACAGGAUGACGUUGAAUCCGAAAGCGAUGAAUAG